UAGCAGACAGACAGAGGCUCACUGUGAUUAAACAAGACAAACUUGAACAAGUUUGACUUUUCAGCGGUUUCCAUAUGACAGGCCAGGCAGCUCCACCUCAAAACAAAGCGGAAUUUUAAGUUUUCAACAAGUUGUCGUUUACGUGACUCUUGGACGUCAACGUUAAUUAAGUCGAUAAGUUAGCUAGCAUGCUAACUAAGAAGCUAAAGAAGUGAAGCGGUUCCACUCAUGGUGCUCACCGCGACCCGGACAACAACAGGUGGCCGUGUUUCACAACAUCAUCCGGGCGUUUGCACGACCAUGUCUGGAGCGCGAGCACCUUCACCGUGCAGGGGGAAUCCGGGUCUCCUCCGCGGGAGCCGCUCGAAGUCUUACGGCAGUUUGAUCCGAUCUCCGCUGUCUCCGGUCCGCCAGUGGCGGCUCGAACACACGAUCCAGCCCGGAGAGACGCUCCCAGGCCUGGCUCUCAAGUACGGAGUGUCUAUGGAGGAAAUCAAAAGAGCAAAUAGGCUCUACACCAACGACUCAAUAUUCCUGAAGAAGUCUCUGUUAAUCCCGGUGCUGUCAGACUUGGAUGGCUGCAGUAAUGGGGCGGAUUUGACUGAGGAGGACUGUGACGAAGCCCGGCUUCAGAAUGGGAGCUCCUCUGUGAGAAAGCAAGAAGAGGGAGAAGGGCCAGCCUCGUCAGACCUCACUCCUGUGGACUUUCUGAAGAGGCUGGAUGACUUGAUAAGCCAGUCCAAGCAGGCUGCUGUCAAAGGGUGCCAUGACGCAGAAAAAAGGGUCGCGGCCCUCGAAGCGGCGUGCGCCAGCAGGACAUCAGAUUGGCGGCCACUCACGAGGUCGCAGAGCGUUAUUUCAUCUCCCAGAACACAUCAGGAGAGGGCAGCGCCCCUCACCAUGACCAAACUCACCAAGAAGCUGAGAGACAGGGAGGACGAGAUCUUUGAACUGUGACACGAUGUUUCCACCGCCUCGUUAUCGUGAUCAUUAGAGAAGCUGUCCCCUUGGCAGAUAAAGGAAGAGACCACUGCUGCUGUUUGCUUUUCUCACUGCCAUCUCACUGGACCUUAUGAGGUGACCAGCCACAGUUUGCAAAUUUAUUCUGCGGGUUAGCAGCCUCGUUAUUUAUUUUUCUUGAGUUACACUGUAGGUUGUGAAAAAUCAGAGUAUGAAAUGUUGCAGUCACAUGUCGCUUCGGUCAUGUGAGCCCCGUUUUAGCCUGUGUGUAAUGCUGCUUCGCUGUUUUCUAACAGUGGAAUGUAAAGAAUUCCGCUCAUAUUCACUGGAAUGAUGAGAAAGUUGCUCAUGAAUGAGUUUGUUUGUUACUGCUGAAAACUUUAACUUAAGUGUAGCUAAAUUUUGAGAAACACAAAGCAAUAUUAUAGAUUUGUAUUUUGAGAGGAAUCCUAUUUGUUACAUUUUUAAGGUUCAUUAUAGUAUUAUAUGGUUCAUUUUAAUUAAAAAGUUCAUUGCACUCUGUAUGACUUUUUGUUUAGUCACAUUUGAAUAAAUGUU